AUGGAUUUUUCAAAGCUUCAAAUACAAAAUCUAGUUAAAAGAAAUGAUUUAACUCAAAAGAUGCUGAGCGUCACUAAUAAUGUUAAUAAUAUAAAUGAUACUGUCCCACAACGAAUUGCGUCAGAGCGUAACAGAGAAUACACAUUAAUUAAGAAUGGGGAUGGUCUUGCGGGGUAUACAAUGGUAACUAAUAGUGCCAUAAAGUCGAACAAUUUAACUGGAAAGGGUUCGGGUACAAUUGAUGAGCCAGUGAAUUUAGAUGAGAGCUCUGAUGAAAAAUCAAUACCAGACUCCGAAAAUGAAUGGGAAGAAGUUGAUUAUGUUUAUUCAGAUGUGGCAAGUAACACUACUGGACAUGAUGGGCUUCAAAAUGGAAUGGAACUAGAAAAUGAAUCUGAUGACUUGUUAUUAAAUUCAAAUGCUUAUGUUUAUGACGAUGAACCUAUUGAAUCCGUUAUGAAAAGGUUUAAUGUACUUGAAUCAAAACAACCAAAUUUGCAAAACUUUGAUAGCCUAAGUGACGAUCAAGAUUCCUCUAAAUCUUAUGAACCAGACUCUUUAGACUCACUAUAUGCUUUUUGGUUAUCACAAAUGCCAUCGAUCUUUCAAAAUGAGUACCCUGAUCAUGAUGAAAGGAUCCGUAGAGCAAUUUAUGAAUUGGAUGAUAGUGAUCUUGAAGAACAAAAAGCUUUGGCUAUUAGACG